UCGGAGGCCGCUCGUCUGCGCUUGUGUACCAGGAAAACAUAAAUAACAACAACGUGUUUACGGUCGUCAACAACGCGAAACUUUGUUUCUCUGCGAUAGAUUUUUGGUCUCUAAAAAUGGCUGCGCGACCAGCUCCACCACGUACGAAGAAACAAAACCACGCGAACAUACCUUGUCCCAUAGAAAACUGCGCCCGCUUCACUUACGGCAAACUUCCUGAUCAUCUGACAAAAAUCCACGGUCUGACAGGCGCGGAACGCGAUGCUCUCAACGAACAGCAGAGAAAACGUUUUUUUAAUGGAGAACUGUGUCAAGUACGAUAUCUCAAAGAAUCUGCUAUCAGAGAUCUUUGGGGAAGCGAUUACGAAGACCCUAGGAUAAGGGCAAAGAUACAACAGAGCUACGCACUGGUCAAAAUUCGGAUUAUUCCUUUGGCAGCGACACAAAGAUCACGCCCGUUAACGGAACAAGACGCUAACGUUCUCACCGCUUAUAACGCUAGAACUGCUCCUAGACCAACUAGAGUUCAGCGACCCAGAACUCGGCCUCGACCUUAUACAGUACCAGAAACGACGCAAGCUGAACGCAGAGCAUCAAGCGAGUCCAGUGAAGAAGAAAAUACUAGAACCAAUCCCUUACCACCGUCGCCACCGCCGUCAUCUCCGUCUCUUCCACCCUCUCCAGCCCCGUAUGAACUUCAGCCGGUCGAGACCCGUUUACAUGACAUAUUUGACUCCAAAAUAGACGCGGGCUACAAAGCUGUAAUAGACAAUAUGAAGAAAUCUAUGACCAUGGGAAGAACGCUUGGAGCUCGAAAACGAAAGGCCUACAGAACUUAUCGGCGCUACGCUAAGAGACUGAUAGCAUACCUUCACAGACAACACUCACCUCUGGCAUACGACGUCGACGUGCUUUUAUGUGGGGAAAGGCAAGUGUGCGCGUUUUUGGACCACAUAAGUAGCGAGCAUAAGACGAAAACAUUAAGAAAUUACAUUGUAGCUGCGAUCAAGUUAUUGGAUUCUAGACUCUUCGCUAUAGAAACUGACCCGUCGUGUAAAGAAAAGGUGGCGUCCAUGACGCACGUGUAUGAAGUAUUGCAUGGGAAGUUGAACGAAUGUGACAGAUUGCUCGCGCAGAAGGAGCCUUGUCAAAAACAGGUUGAAGCCUUCGACAGUGAUGAGAUAGAUCCAAGUUUUAAUGAAGGAUACGAAUUAGUAUAGAGCCUUAAUGUUAAGACGAAAAUCAAAGAAUGCUCUGGAGGCUUGAAGAAGGAAUAGGUACCUACGACUGUCCUCUAUGAAUUGGUUUCGUUUUUUCCACUGUUCAUUCAUAGUUUAAACAAAAAAUAAGUUUUCUUGUAAAUCUCAAAGUAACUCAAUUUCAAGGAAUGACUGUAUUUAUUUAACUGUAAAAUGACAAACUUAUUGAUUAAUGUAAAUAACUCAAUACGUGUUCUCAAGCAAUAAGCUUCACCUAUACAUAAAAUAUGUAACAUGUAUUAUAUUUAGUAUAGGUAUUGAUAGGUGCAUUAAAUGUUUUAAUAUAAUUAUGUUAAGUAGUAGCAUUUAAACAGAAAGUAACACUUUCAAUAAUGUGCAAUAAAUAGUACCAAAAUAAUGUAUAAUUCUUAUUAUAAGUCUGAUCUCACUAAUUACCUAUUAGCAAUCACUGGAUAAUUAAUAUAUCAUAAAAAAAUGUGCUUUCUUGAAAUAAUUUAUCAGUCACCGAAUGUGGCCACCAAAUUGUGUUUAUUUAUUUUGCACAUUUUCUCUGUGUAUUUAAAUAAAAUACAUAAGUACAGUAAACAUAACAUGUUAG